CGCUGUCCCCACCUCUCGCCGCCGGCGGCCGGCAGGGGGCGCUGCGCGUCCGGGCGCCCCGAGGGGGCGGGCCCGGUGGGGCGGGGCGGGCCGGCUGCCAGGCCUGGGCUCGGCCGCCCGCGCCUCCGGGCCGCUCCCGGGACAGGCCGGGGCGGGGCGCGGCGGCAGGAAGCGGGGCGGGGACUCGCGGACGCGUUGGGGAGCGAGGGAGGGCGCGGCCAACUCCCGGAGGGACGGCGGGCGGCGGGAGCGGAGCCCCGGCCUGGCGCCCAGCCUGAGCCCGCCGGACGGGAGGCGGCCCAGCCGGGGGCUCGGCCUCGGCCUCGGCCCCGCCAGCAUGGCGGGCCGGACCGUGCGGGCUGAGACGCGGAGCCGGGCCAAGGAUGACAUCAAGAAGGUGAUGGCGACGAUCGAGAAGGUCCGGAGAUGGGAGAAGCGCUGGGUGACAGUGGGCGACACGUCCCUUCGUAUCUUCAAGUGGGUGCCCGUGGUGGACCCCCAGGAGGAGGAGCGCCGGAGGGCAGGCGGGACAGAGAGACCCCGAGGCCGCGAGCGGAGGGGCAGGGGCGCCAGUCCCCGAGGGGGCGGCCCCCUCAUCCUGCUGGAUUUGCAGGAUGAAAACAGUAACCAGAGCUUCCACUCGGAGGGCUCCCUGCAAAAGGGCACAGAGCCCAGCCCCGGGGGCACCCCCCAACCCAGCCGCCCCGUGUCGCCAGCAGCACCGCCCGAAGGGGCACCCGAGGAUGCUCAGCCACCGCAGCUGGGCCAGGAGAGAGAUCCUGGGAGCGUAACCACGGGUGGCACGGACGAGCCCCCGAUGCUGACCAAGGAGGAGCCAGUUCCUGAGUUGCUGGCAGCAGAGGACUCGGGAGUGAGAAUGACCCGGCGAGCCCUCCACGAGAAAGGCCUGAAGACAGAGCCACUCAGGCGCCUGCUGCCCAGGAGAGGCCUCCGGACCAACAACCGGCCCACGUCCACAGUGCCCUCAGAUACCAGAGGUCCUGGGGGAGGCGGCAAGGCUCCCCGGGCACCCAGGACAGUCCCCCAAGGAAAGGGGAGGUGAGCUGGCUCCCCCAACAAGGUGAAGCCAUGGGUCUCCCUUGGCCACGCCAAGAUCCAGCACCCACCUGUGCCCGGAGGGUGGAGUGAGCUUCCAGCGUUGACGCCAACCAUGGGAACCUUGAGGCGAGUGGCCUGGACCUGCCUGGAACUGAGGAUCCCAGCACCCCCAAACUCACCACCAGUGAGCAGGCCCACAAGCCCAUGGGCACCCUGAGUGUGGGAAGGGUUUGGGCACGACUGGGCCCGCGUCCAGCACCUCAGACCUUGAUGGUGCUGGCAUGUAGAGUGGGCCCUGGGCCUCCUCCCUCAUGGGAGUUGGCACUGGGUGCCAGGCCUUCUACCCUGGAAGCCAGGUCGCUCUGGGGCUUCUACCCUGGCUUCUGCAACCCCAGCCAGGCCUAAGGCUACGGGGAGCCUAGGGCUGCACCCCCCAUCACAUCCCCUCACCUUCACACCUCACCCCUACCCCACACCACCAUUAAACACUCACACACUCACACUCUCUCUCACACACACACACACACACACAUACACGCACCAUGGCUGCUCAAGCUCAGGCAGCCAGGUUACCUCAGUGCCCUAGGAUGUGGGGCAGGAGCUCACUUCCUGGGGUGCCCACCUUGCCAGUCCCUGGGAGCCCUCUUGGGCUACAGGCCACCCCCCUAGUCACUGCCUCACCACGUGUGUGGUAGCUGGGAAGGCUGCCUGGACUGUGGAGAGGCCCAGAGAGAAGCUUCUGGUACAGCCCUGAGCUGACCUACUUGAAUACUCCCACCUGGAGCAGACCAGGUGACCCAUCUGAGCGGUUCCAAGGGCUCUCACCACACUCACUCGGCCGCCAUGUUAGAAGAUAAUUUCUCCCGUGUGUGGAGGGCUCCCUCUGUGCCAAGCAUUAGCGUUUGCAGAGAUGAUUUUACUGAAGCCUCACGGUCCUGUGACAGUGGUGUUCACACGCUCAGUAUUUUACAGAUGGAGAAACUAAGUCUCAGAGAGGUUAAGGGACUGCCCAAAGUCACACGAGCCUCUGGCUAAGUCAGCAUUCAGGCCCAGGCUGCCCCUCUCCUCCUGCCGGUCUACAGGCUCAGAAGGGGGAAGCUUUGAUAUGGCAGCCGUUUUUUUUUCAGCAGUCACUGUGUACAAACCGUUAUUUGUACUAAAGUCAGCAACUGCUCUGUAGAAUGAAAAUCGGCAUCUGUGUCACUAAGUCCAGUGAAAUGUGAGAUGUCCAACUCCCAACAGAGACUCAGCAUCAGGAUUUGAGAGUGAAAGCAUGGCAUUCCUGGAAGUUCCUCAAGUCAUGUUAUUCUGUGUUUUUCACAAGUUACUAUACAUUUUUAAAAGUUUUCUUUGAAGAUAGGAGUAACAAAGAAGUCAAGACAAUAGUAAAUACUUGAAAAAUGAAAAAUACCAGAGAGCAUUAUUGGAGAGUAUUUGAGUAACAAAAUGUCUUGAUCUCCAAGACUAACUGAACCAUUUCUAGAAUCUCGAACACUGUUCACAGAAGUCGUUUUUAUUUGUGAUAAAAACUCACAGUUAACAUCAGACAGAGCCAUGCAUACACUUAAUUUUUUUUUUUUUUUUUACCAGAGCUGUGGCUUACCAUGGUGCUGGGGAUUGAACCUGGGACCUUUGGUGCUUCAGGCAUGAAAGGCCUUUUGCAUAUUCAUUAUGCUACCUCCCCAGAUGAUUGAAUAUGCUUUUAAUAUGGCAACAGUAACAACAAAAAGACUCAUUAGUUUCUUGGCACCUUUCUCCUAUGUGCUUCUGUCCCAAGUUCCAGAAAUGUUGACCUUAGCCUUAGAAAGUCUGUGCCAGUUUCCUUUCCUUCCUUCCUUCCUUCCUUUUUUCUUUUUGUUCCUUCUUAUCAAAGCACUGCUCAGCUCUGGCCUAUGUGGCAUCUGAGAUUGAAUAUGGGACCUCAGAGCCUUUGGCAGCAAAGUGUUCUAUAGAGCCCUUUGUGCCAGCUCUCUGGCCCCUUCUCUCGUUUUCCACCUGACAUCAGUGGAUUCCUUCCAACCAGAAUUACCUCCUGUGUUGAUUGCCGAGCACUGGUUCUCUGAGGAGAAUUUGAACACUUCAGCCUAGUUUCCCAGUUUCUAGACUGAUCUUGGGAUUCACGAAAACAUAUAUUUCCCAACAAAGUUUAGGAAGAUUAUCCUGAGGAGAACUAAUUCCGGGCAGAGCAGAAUUGGCAAGGUAAGACAUCACUACCUCUCAUAUCAGCAAAUCCCAGCUAGUGAAGCUUCAUGGUUUUUGUUUUGUUUUGGUUGUUGUUGUGUUUUUUUGGGGGUUACUCAGAGUCAAAAGAUCCAGCGAUCUAGACCCCCGCUUUGCCAGUCCUUGGCUACAUGACCUUGGGCAAGUCCCUUUCUCUCUCUGAACUCCUGCUUAGGAGAUGACACACUUGCCUUAUGAGGCCACAUUCUCAAGGGUUCAAAGCAUGACUUUCUAGGUCAGUCUACAGUUCAUAUCCACUCCUUACUACCUCUUGAGCUGGGGCAAGUCGGAGCCACUCUGAGCCCCCAUUUCUUUCUCCUCUGUAAAAUGGGAACACCCGCGGAACCCAUCUGGCAGGGCUUCGGUGGGCUUUGAGGCGAGCACACACAUAUGAAAGUGCUUCACAAGGAGCACUCAGCCCGUUGGUGACGCCCAAGAACUCACCCCAGCUUCCUUACCUGCUGAAUCUACCUCACCGGGCGUUGUGAGGGCGGAGGGAGGUUAAUGUCGCACAGGUGCUUUUGAAGAUAGUGUCCCCACUCGGGCUUCUCUUUCCUUCCGAGAGGAUGAUCAGAGAAGCCACUGGCGGGCAUGAGUGAGGUCUCCAAGCGAAGGGGCCUGCGAACAUUUCCAUACCCCCACAGAAUGUGACUGUCAAGCAAGAGGGGUCACCACGGUAACCGGAAAACAGGGCUUGAUUGCCGCCAAGUAGGCCAUCUCUGCCACGGCCUGGCUUGGAGCAGACUUGGGGAACUUCCGAGGAAGCCAGUUUUCAGGAGUUGGCUUUUAGAAAAAGGACAAUUUAAUAGAAACUGCUCACUUUUUAUUUUUGUUUGUUUUAAAUAUAAGGAUCAGAUCGGAGGAAGGGGACAUGAGACAGGAGAUGAAGGGUGCCUCUUGCACUCUUGUCUGGAGUCCCUUGUGGGCUGGUCUUAGGCACCAUGCCUCUCGCCCGUGUCAGCAUCCCCUCCUGCGGCGCAUGUACCUUAGUGUCCGUUUGUCCUUGAGCUGUGGACCAAAUGGGCCUAAGGGCUCCAAAAAGUCUUCCUGACAGUGACUUGCAGAGGGAUCUCUGAGUCUGGGAGAGUGAGGCCCAGGGCCAGCUCAGACAGGCCCUAUGGCCUCCUUCAUCCUUACUCCCACCAGGCCGCCUCUGUGUCCUGGUAUCAGUUAACUGAUCAUGAACAAAAAUGAAAACACAGAUGCGUGGGUUUUAGCAUCUAAGUGGUGUCUCUCGCCUUCUCUGAUAACUCUCCUAAUAGUACGCUGACUUUUCCAGACCUGUCUUUUCUCCCCCCCCACCCCCAGCUCUCUGUCUUUGCCUCCAGGGUUAUUGAUAGGGCUCUACACCAGCACUACAAAUCCACUGCUCCUGGUGGCCAUUAUUGCCGUUUUAUUAGAUAGGACAGAGAGAAGUUGAGAGGGGUGGGGGAGAUAGAGAGGGAGCGAGAUAGACAGACACCUGCAGACCUGGUUCACCAUUUGUGAAGCGACCCUCUUGCAGGUGGGUGCACUUAACUGGGUGCACCACCACCCAGCCCCCUCGUCCUUUCUCUCUGCCUUUCAGUUUUAGAUAGAGAAGGCAGAGAGAGAAAGACCAUAGCGCCAAAGCUUCCUUCAACGCAGUGGGGACCAAGCUCAAACCUGAGUCACGCACAUGGCAAGGCAGUGCACUAUCCAGGUGAGCUAUUUUGCUGAUCCUCUUUCUACCAGAGCUCUGCUCAGCUCUGGCUUCUGGUGGUGCUGGGGAUUGAACCUGAGACCUUUGAUUCCCUCAGGCAUGAAAGUCUUUUGGCAUAACCAUUAUGCAAUCUCCCCAGCCUGGAAUUUGCCUUUAAUUAUUCUUAUUUUAUUAUUGCUAGAGAGAGAUCAGACCCCCAUGUUUCUAUUUUAUGGAGUGCCAAGGGUCCAACCUAGGGCUUCAGAUGUUCAAUGCUCUCCCAUCACAGCUGAGGCCUUUUUAAAUUUCAGUUACCGGCUGGCUGUCUUCUGAGUACUGGCAGCAUCUCGGGCUCAGGAGCAGGAGUGGCGAGCUCAUUCAUUAAUGGCUCACACUGAAGCCCUGGCCUCAAAAGAGCUUUCAGACGCCACUGGAAGGCACUGGACCGCUCGCUCCAAAUACCAGUUCUUACCAACUUUGAUGAGUAGUAUCACACAGGAAAAGGGCAGAGGUCUAUAAAUAGAGAACAGAGUAGACCUAUAGUUUCUUGGGGGCAUUUUGGGAAAGUGACAACUACUGUGCCCAUGAGGACUGAGUCGGAAUAGAACCUAAUCUGUGGGUCAGGGGUGGCAGGUGGCUUACCUGGUAGAGUGCACAUUACCUUGAGGACCUGGGUUUGAGCCUUGGGCCAUCAUAUGAGAACACCUGCAGAGGGGAAGUUUCAGGAGCGGUGGAGCAGUGCUAAGGUCCCUCUCCCUCUCUCUCUCUCUUUUUCUCUCUGGCUCUUGCCCUUAAUCUAGAGGAACAGGCAGGGAGGGAGGGGCAUGGUUACUGGGAGUGGUGGAGUGAAGCAGGCACUGCAGGCCUGAGUGGGGAAGAGCAGGGAAUGGCGGGAAUAGUCUGGAGAGCAUCUCUGCUGAUGGAGCCUCAUGAUAUGGAGAUGUGAUCUAGACAAACCAGGCCAGGCUGCCUUCCACCUAGUGAGCACAGAAAGCAGCUGGAUUCAUUGCUUGACUUUAUUUUCCACUUGCAAAGGUUCAGGUCACCACAAGGAACAGUAUAAAGAAUAUCCGAAUGACCUUCCCCCACAAAGCCGCCUGUAGGAAUCACUCACUCUCUCUACAUGGCCUCUGUGUGAACAGUUUGAGGAAAGGCCGCCGGUAUCACGUCCCUCCAACUCUGAAUACUGAUAGUGCAUGUAUCUCACCACAGUACUGUGACCCACACUGCUAAGGUCGACACCGCGCUCAUGGCCCACCCGUGUUGUCAAUGAUGCCCCUUGCCUGUCACAUCCGUCUCACCCAGGAUCCGGUCUAGAAACGGUGCAUCAAGCUGUCACGUCUCCUGAGCCCGCCCCAACCCUUCCUUUGUGUUUCCUUUGGAAAGACCAAGUUUUCCUUUCCUAGAGCGUCCCUCAGUUGGGGUUUGCCUGCUGCUGCUUCUUGAUCCUACAGGGACUUUGCAUAUGUGACCAGGUGUCCUUCCCAGUGUGACAGCAAGGGGCACCCACCGUCUGCCUGCCCCACCCUCCCCCUUGGUGAUUUCAUUUGUCAGAUUUCUCCAAUCCGUCGUCACAAUUCCCCACCCUCCUUGUAACUGUAAGCAAUCAGGGAGACCCGUUACCCCUGUUGGUUAUUAAAUAGAUGAGAUCCAA